GGUCGAGGCCGACGCCCGCGUAGUCCUCCUUCCGCAGGUAGCGCAGGUCUCCGAUCUUCCGCGCGCCCAGGCCGUACAGCACGUCCGCGUGGGCGUCGAGGCCCCGCAGGCGCAGGAAUACGUCGAGCGGCGUCGCGGCCUGCGCCGGCCGCCGCGCGUGCACGCGGAGGCCCGGCGGCGGCGUCGUCGACGCGUCGAAGGUCGUCGGCUCCGGUGUCGGCGUCCGCGCUGGCGCCGGCGCGUCGCGCGCGGCCACGUAGCGUCGGUACGCGUCGUCGAGCGCCGCGUCCGGACUCCUCGGGUCCUCGUCGCAGCAGCGCUCCGACGCCAGCGACGCGAGGUCGUCGAAACUCGACUGCGCCGAGGCGUAGGUGUCGCAGUCCUUCGGGGAGCGCGCGCGCCGCGGCACGACCCACUCCAGGGGCAGCGGGUCCUCCGUCACGCGCACGGGCCGCACCGGCGACGCCUCGUCGGGCACGACUCGCACCUCGUCGCCGCGACCGUUCGUCUCGACGAAGAUGGGGGCCGCCCCUGCUGCUGCGGCACCCAAGGGCUGCCCGGCGGGCUUUGUUCGCGUGGCGACGAGCAUGGCGGUGCGGUCUGCGGCUCUCAAAUGCACGACCGCUGAAUGUCGCCUCUAUUUUAUGACUAUACCUUACGCAGUUGGUGCGAUUUACGCCGACCAAUGCGGUGUCGUC